UCCAGUUCUAAACACAAGAUGUCAGAAAGUAAUUCAAUCCUAUCUAAUAUUUUUAAAAGAGUCAGACUGCCUUCUCCUAGCAACAAUACAAGCUUCUUCAGUUUUAAAGAUUCUGGCUCUCCUUCCAUAUUUUAUGACAGUGGCUACAACGAAUCAUUAAAAGACCAAAGCUUUAAUUAUGCAGAAGCAGAACAUAAAAGAGAACAGAAUGACAAAGGUUUGCCUGAGUAUUUUAAACAUGCCCAUUCUAGUAGUUCAUGUGCUUCAGUGCCAUCUCCCAUUGAAAAUAAACAUAUUACCUUAUUAUCAGAAAGGAAGGAAGCCAGUAUAUAUACAAACUAUUCUGAAACACCCAGAAUUGCUAAAAAGGAAUUGUCAAUUCGCAGAAGAUUGCUUGUAUCCAAAGCAGCGUCUGCUGGUGCCUUGGGAUGUGCCGAAAGACAACUAUCACCUUCAGGAAACAGCCGUAAAAAGACAUGUUCAUCUCAUUCUCUUAGUUUUGAUGAAAGAAUUUCAAAAUGUACUUUGGAUUCUCCAAGAGACAAAAGCUAUCAGCCACUGGCGACUAGUACUUUAAAAAGCGAAGAGACUAUUUCUGGUUCUCAGAGACUGAGACUUGCAUUUUCUCAACAGCGGACUUCUACAAUUGAUGAUUCAAAGCCUAAUGGCAGUCUUUUGCCAGAACCAAGUUGUUUGUCUCCAAUCCAGCCUCAGUGCUCUACAGGCACACACAGCUAUUUCUUUGACAGUGCCCUUCAAAGUUUUCAUGGCAAAAAUACAUGUUCAGAAUUAGUUGGAACUCCUCAAUGUAGUUUGUCUGGAACAAAUGAUGAUAAAUCUAUCACACCAAUCAAUAGUCUUGUAGAAGAAUUUCAUCUUACUAUAACUGAAAUAAGUACACCUCCAGUUACAGAAAUUGGUAAUUUGAACCUACUAACUCCUGAUAGUAUUAGUUACAAAGCUCUUACGUGUGAUAAAUCGGAAGAGUCAUCAUCUGAGCAUGAUGGUUCUUUCCAAGAGCUUCGAAAAUGCAGUGAACCAUCCAGCACUGUAAAGUCUAAAAGAAAGUUAAGAAAGCUGCAGCGCUCAAGAAGGCUGUCAACUCUUUCAGAAUGUGGUUCACAAUCAGAAAAAGAAGAACACGACAGCACUUCUUCUAAUUCAAAAUGUGAUCUAAAAAUAUCUGCUGGAGAUCGCAAUGAAGACAGUGACUUGGUUUUUAGUGUAAAUGACAAUAGAAGCAUGGUUCCAAAUCCAGAAAAUCUCUCAAAGACUCCAACUUUGCAACUAAUUCACACUCUCUUUAUGCAAAGCAGAAGUAAAAAAAAGGAGGAAACUGAUUUGUUGAAGAAUAUUGGUGGACUUGACAUUUCGCUGUUAAAGUGUGUUGUUGCUCAACUCAUUGGCAAGAAAAUGGGCAUUGAAAAACUAGAUAUAUUAACAGAAUUAAGAGACAGACAUUUAAAACAUGUUCUUACGAUGAUUUUAGACAUCGUGACUGUGGAAAGCUUAUGCAGCAUGUGGAAUGUAAGUCAAAAUUGGCGGGAAAUUAUUGUAUUGGAUAAACAUGCAAAUCGGAGGAGGAAGUUCUACAUUAAACAUCUGAGAACAACAACUAAGAUAAACAUAUCAAAUGCUGAAGAUGCUGCUACGAGACUAAUGAUGACUAGACUUGCACUACGGCCAGUCCAAGCUCAAGGAAAAUCUCCAGCAUUAAAAACACAGCCUGUUUUUAAUAAAUCUUUGACACCUCAGGGAUGCAGCUCCAUUCUUCAGUCAGCUAGUAAACACGAAGCAUAUAUAAAGGUUGCCCAAACCCUCUUCAUUGGUGAAGCUUUAAAGCCCUGUCCAAAGUGUCAGAGUCCUGCUAAGUAUGAAUCCGUUAAAAAACGUGGACUCUGUAGCCGAGAAGAUUGUGCGUUUGACUUCUGCAGUUUAUGUUUGUGUGAUUUUCAUGGAUCAAGAGAUUGUAGCACUUCAUCUAGUAAAUGGCAAAAUACAAAAUAUGCCCUGGCGGGAAGUGCCAAAAGCAAAAGAAACUUGAAACGCCUCUAAAUAUUUUGGAGUAAAUAGAUUAUAUUUCCUUUCCCCUGCCCUUUAUUCUCUAUUUUCUA